AGCGAUAAGAGCUUUUCCAGCUUCGGCAAUGGCGGUGUUCGACGUACGCUCUGCGCUCGCAGCAUAAACCCUAAGAGAGAGGAUCGCGCGCUCGCGAAGGGUGAUCCAUCGGCCGGAGAUCCGCUCUACGGCGACCGCCGCCGGCUCCGGUCGCGUUGCUUGUCGUCCUCCGCCCUCCGCCCUCCGCCUCCGAUCCUCCUCCUCCUCGUUGUUCCUUUCCGUUUCCGAUGUCCGAGAGGGGGGCGGCGAGCGAGCUGAGCCCGCGCUUCGCGUAGGGUUUCUUGGCGGCCGGAGGAAGAUGAACGCCAGCGCCGUCGCGAACGGGUGCGAAAUCGGGGGCAUGGAGCGGGAGUACAUGAGGAGGCACCACAGGCACGAGGUCGCGGAGAACCAGUGCAGCUCCGCGCUGGUCAAGCACAUCAGGGCUCCCGUCCCGCUCGUAAUUCCUUCCUCUCGACGCGCUCGGUGUGGGACGCCUGUUUUCCGCGGUUCUGUGGAUGUGGGAUGGGGGGUCAAAUCUGUGCGCGCGCGCGUCUCUAUGCAAAUGUUUGCAUCAGUCUGGUCCUUGGUGAGAAGGUUUGAUCAGCCCCAAAAGUAUAAGCCUUUUGUCAGCAGGUGCGUUGUGCGUGGAAAUCUCGAAAUUGGUAGUCUGAGGGAAGUUGAUGUCAAGUCCGGACUUCCUGCCACUACAAGUACAGAGAGAUUGGAGCUUCUUGAUGAUGAUGAGCAUAUCUUGAGCAUUAGGAUCGUCGGUGGGGAUCACAGGCUUAGGAACUACUCUUCAAUCAUUUCUCUUCAUCCAGAGAUCAUUGAAGGAAGGCCAGGGACUUUGGUGAUUGAAUCAUAUGUGGUGGAUGUUCCCGAGGGUAAUACCAAGGAUGAGACUUGUUACUUCGUUGAAGCCUUGAUCAAGUGCAAUCUUAAAUCUCUUGCUGAUGUCUCAGAGCGGCUAGCAGUGCAGGACCGGACUGAGCCCAUCGACAUGAUGUGAACAUAGAGGCCGUGAUGUGUUGGCAUUUUAGGUUGCUGAGGAUGAAGCUUCUGAAGCUUUCCACUUGAAGAGGCUUUGGAGACAGACUGGCACUACUGUUUUCUCUAAUCUCAUCAUACUGUCACACUCUUUUUCUCUGGGUUUUUUUUUUGGGCGCUGCAACAGUUUUUCAUCACCUCUUAGAAAUCAUUUGCUCAAUUUCAUGUUUGGUGGCGCAAGAAUUAGAGAAUUACUGAGCCCCUUUUAUGGUAUUAAAGGAUGAGAGAAGAAAAAGGGUCAUGAUUCUCCGGGAGGAGUUUGUUUCGUGCCUUUGUAUAUGUGCUGGAUAAAGUCGUGUACAUUUGCUUUCAUUUGGUAAUGAAAGUUGUAUUCAGUA